AUGCAGCCCCGCCGGCAAGCGCUGCCCGCGCCCGGGGGCCCGCGCCCCGCCGCCCCGCGCCCCGCCGCCCCGCUGCCGGCGCUGCUGCUGCUGCUGCUGCUGGCCCUCCAGGGUGCGGCGGCGGCCCCCGCGGGCUCCGAGGCUCCCCGGGAGGCCGCGGGGUGGCAGCUGGACCCCGAGCUCCCGCACGGGCUGCUGCAGAAGGCGGCGCGCGCGGCGCUGCACUUCUUCCACUUCCGCGCGGGCUCGCCCUCCGCGCUGCGGGCGCUGGCCGCCGUGCAGCGGGGCCGCGCGCGGAUUAAUUCAAAGAAGGAAUGCCAAGUUGACCUGGAAUUCACCACAGAGCGCUACAACCCAAAGGAAGGCGAAGAACGUUUGGGGAAAUGUUCCGCUCAAGUGUUUUUCAAGAAUGAGAAACCCGGGCCCACCAUCAAUGUCACCUGCACGCGGUUCAUGGAGAAGAGCCAAAGGCAGCAGGAGGAUUACCAGCUCUACAAGCACAUGCAGCAGCUCAAAACCCCCUUGGAGGUCAGCAGCAUACCUGACAGUCAUGGACAUAUUGAUCCCUCUCUUGUACCCAUCUGGGACUUAGCUUUUCUUGGCAGCUCGUACGUGAUGUGGGAAAAGACAACGCAGUUCUUACACUACUACAUGGCGCAGCUCAGCAGUGUGCAGCAGUGGAAAACAGAUGAGGAUGCAAUUGAUUUUGACUAUACGGUCCUACUUCAUGAAUUCUCAACACAGGAAAUCAUUCCCUGUCGUAUUCACUUGGUCUGGCACCCGAGCAAACCCCUUAAAGUGAAGUACCACUGUCAGGGGCCGCAGCCACCAGAGGAAGCCUCUGGAACUGAAGAAGGAUCGGCAGUGGCACCGACGGGAUUCAGCAAUUACUGA